CCGUCGGGCGUCCGCCUUCCCCUCCGCGUCCAUCCGCCGGUCCCAGAUGGCUUCGUCGCAGACCCUAAAGACCCUAAGCAUUGGUGGCGAAUGGACAAGGCUCGGUGUGCUUCUCCCACCGGUAGAAGGAACUACUCCAAGGCCUUUCCUCCUCUCUGCUCCUCCAAUUGCCUUCCCCCUCCCACCGCAUUAUCCGCUCUGUACAAGCCAAGUUUGAGAUAUGCGAUCCUCGGAGCUGGAUUCGCAGGACUGUCGGUGGCCUGGCAUCUUCUCAAGCAAAGCUCUGACGAUUCACGGAUUUGUAUAGAUAUUUAUGAUGAUGCUGGGAUAGGUGGUGGUGCAUCUGGUGCAUCUGGAGGGCUCCUUCAUCCUUACUCUCCUAAAGCUAAGCUUCUUUGGAGAGGUUCGGAGUGCUGGAGAGAGUGCUUAGAUUUGUUAAUUAUUGCAAACAGAGCGGUGGAAGCCAGAGCUUCGAGUAAUGCUCCUCAAGACUCAUUUUGUAGCUUCAAAGAAAGAAUUGUCUGGAAAAGGGGAAUAAUAAGACCUGCAUCUCAGAAGAAUGUUGACGUUUUGAGGGAGAAUGCUCAGAGUUUCUCUGAGAGUUGCUAUCUGGAACUCCUAGAUAGGAGUGCUGCUCAAUAUCUGGUGCCUGAUUUGUGUGUGCCACUUGACUUAGCUGUUUAUAUGCCCCUGGCUAUGAACAUCCAUCCAAAACGAUAUCUUCAGGCACUGUUUUUAGCAUGCAAUGAUCUGGCAGAAUGCGAAGAAAGAGAGAUUUACCUAUUCAAAGAAUCGAUCAACAGUCUCCACCAACUAUCAGAGGAAUACGACGCAGUGGUUAUUUGCCUUGGUGCUAAAGUGGACAAGCUUCCACAACUCUCGGGAAAGCUUCCCCUGAGGACAUGCAGAGGCGUUAUUGCUAAGCUCCAAUUGCCAUCUGAUCUCCCAGGUGAAUAUGAUCACCAAAGACCCUCGAUCUUGUCGGACGCAUGGCUUGCGUUCCGAGAACCACGGAGCGUGUUGGUGGGAUCAACUUGGGAUUGGAAUUCCAAAGAUUAUGCAUCGAGUGUGUCGGAAGAAGAAGCUUCGAGGGCGAUGGAAGAACUGAUGCCGAAAGCCUCUGCCGUGUAUCCACCCAUACGAAACUGGACUUUUGUCGAAGCACAAGCCGGCCUGAGGGCGAUGCCACCGCUGACUCCUUAUGGCUCUCUCCCACUAUUGGGUUGUGUUGAUGACAUUAUUGGUGAGAGCGUCAAAUGCAGGUAUUGGUUGGUUGGAGGUCUGGGUUCGAGGGGACUUCUGUACCAUGGAUUUGUAGGGAAGUUGACGGCCCAAGCUGUGCUUUCCUCCAAUGAAAGUGUUCUUCCAUCUGAGUUCACCCAAUGGAAAAGCAUAUCAAACAGCAUAGUUGUCCUCUUGCAUUUGGGUGAAAAAUUGGAUUUUGAGGACGGGGUUUUGUGGAGUUAGUGAUGGGCGGCCG